CACCAUUUUCAGACUUUGGUGAGCACAUAGCCUGUAUAUGUCAAGUUUGAGGGCCAGAAGAGAAAAUGCCAUAUUUCAAUUAUCAUUUUGAAUGCCUAUCUCUCGGCUCAUUUUCCUGAAGAGCAGCAGCUCCUUCAUCCAUAUUUAUUGAGUUGCAAAUCAUUAUUUACUGCAUGAGUUCGACUCGUUGGUGGAUCCAACUCGCAUGAAGGUCGUGUGGAAGUAUACCUCAAUGGCCAAUGGGGUACCGUCUGCGACGAUCUCUGGGGAGCGAACGAUGCUGGGGUAGUGUGUCGCCAACUCGGCUUCGGAUCGGCCCUGGCUGCCAGAUCUUCUGCCUACUUUGGCCAAGGAUCGGGGCCGAUACUGAUGGAUGAUGUUGGUUGCUCUGGAGAUGAGCAAUCGCUUUCUAGUUGCUCCUAUACAUCGUCUCACAAUUGCGCGCAUUCCGAAGACGCAGGAGUCGUGUGCGGAGGAUCAGGUACUGGUAACAUUCGUCUUGUCGGCGGAAGUUCUUCCAACGAGGGUAGGGUUGAACUGUUCGUCAACAACCAGUGGGGUACAGUCUGUGAUGAUCUGUGGGACAUCAAUGAUGCCCAGGUUGCCUGCCGUCAGCUCGGCCUCGGACCUGCUGUGUCUGCUACCACCAAUGCUCGGUUCGGCCAGGGAUCGGGAGACAUCUUGCUGGAUAAUGUCGGAUGUACCGGAAGUGAGGCAUCGAUUUUAUCCUGCAGCCACGAAGGCAUUGGUUCUCACAACUGUGGCCAUUCGGAAGAUGCUGGUGUCAUCUGUAGUAGCCGCACUGGAUCAGAUAUACGCUUAGUAGGUGGCAGCAGCCCCACAGAGGGAAGGGUCGAAGUCUUCGUCAACAACGCAUGGGGAACGGUUUGUGAUGAUCUCUGGGACAUGAACGACGCUAACGUCGCCUGUAGACAGCUUGGAUUCGGUCGAGCCACCUCAGCUCCAGGAAAUGCCCGCUACGGCCAAGGAAGCGGGAGCAUCCUCCUUGAUAAUCUUGGCUGCACUGGUGGAGAAAGUUCUCUCUUCUCCUGUUCUCAUAACGGAGUUGGAAGUCAUAACUGUGGCCAUGGAGAGGAUGCAGGGGUUGUUUGUAGUAGCAGCCUUUCAUCAGAUAUACGCUUAGUUGGUGGCAGUAGCCAAACGGAGGGAAGGGUUGAAGUCUUCGUAAACAACGCUUGGGGAACGGUUUGUGAUGAUCUCUGGGGUAUGGAUGAUGCCAACGUUGCCUGUAGACAGCUAGGGUUUGGUCCAGCCAUUUCUGCUCCUGGCAGCGCCCACUAUGGCCAAGGAAGCGGGAGCAUCCUUCUUGAUAAUCUUGGCUGCACUGGUGUAGAAAGAUCUCUCUUCUUGUGUUCUCAUAACGGAGUUGGAAGUCAUAACUGUGGCCAUGGUGAGGAUGCAGGGGUUGUUUGUAGUAGCAGCAGCCUAUCAUCAGAUAUACGCUUAGUUGGUGGCAGUAGCCAAACGGAGGGAAGGGUUGAAGUCUUCGUAAACAACGCUUGGGGAACGGUUUGUGAUGAUCUCUGGGGUAUGGACGAUGCCAACGUUGCCUGUAGACAGCUAGGGUUUGGUCCAGCCAUUUCUGCUCUCGGCAGCGCCCGCUACGGCCAAGGAAGCGGGAGCAUCCUUCUUGAUAAUCUAGGAUGCACUGGUUCAGAAACCUCCCUACUGAACUGUCCUCACAACGGAGUAGGAAGCCACAAUUGCGGCCACUCCGAAGAUGCUGGACUAAGCUGUACAGCAAAUACACAAGAUUCCCGAAUCCGUUUGGUUGGGGGUCUGAACAGCCGAGAGGGUCGAGUCGAGAUCUUCCUCGACAACGAAUGGGGCACCGUUUGUGACGAUGAAUGGGGCACACCUGAUGCUAAUGUGGUCUGCCGCCAGCUUGGAUACGAUUCAGGUGGUAGCGCAAGAUCUUCAGCUCACUUUGGGCGAGGCUCCGGUCGAAUUCUCCUUGACAAUGUAAGGUGUACUGGGACUGAGAGGUCGUUAGCAUUGUGCCCUCAUAAUGGCAUAGGGGUACAUAACUGCGGACAUCAAGAGGAUGCAGGCGUGGUCUGCACUGGAGUGACGACAACGCCAGGAAUGGAUAUUCGCAUUGUUGGUGGCGCCAGUCGAUCUGAAGGUCGUGUCGAGGUAUUGGUCGGCCACCGCUGGGGCACGGUAUGCGAUGACUUGUGGGAUAUCAAUGAUGCCAACGUCGUUUGUCGACAGCUAGGUUUCUCUGGCGCGACCUCCGCAACCAUGUCUGCUUCCUUCGGUCCAGGGUCGGGUGAUAUUCUGUUAGAUGACGUCAGUUGCUCGGGUACUGAGGCAAGCCUCCUUGACUGUCAACACCGUGGGGUUGGUUCUCAUAACUGCGCUCAUAGUGAAGAUGCUGGAGUUAUAUGUGAAUCAUUAGCAGGUCCUGACGUGGGAACAUACAUGAGACUUGUAGGUGGACUAAACUCUCAUCAAGGUCGACUCGAGAUCAACAUCAACAACCAAUGGGGGACAGUCUGUGAUGAUUCUUGGGGAAUCAAUGAUGCCAUCGUCGUAUGCCGCCAGCUCGGUUUCCCGUCGGCAAUCUCCGCCCCGACUUCGGCUCACUUCGGACAGGGAUCGGGGACGAUAUGGCUGGAUGACGUCAAUUGCGCGGGAAAUGAGAAUUCCUUGAUGGACUGCGGACAUAGAGGAAUUGGAGUUCACAACUGCGCACACUCGGAAGAUGCAGGAGUAGUCUGCAGUGCAAGUGAUGGCCCUCUCAACGUCCGCCUGGCCGGUGGCAGCAGUGGGAUGGAGGGACGGGUCGAGAUAUCCCUGGGAGGAGAAUGGGGAACGGUUUGCGAUGAUUCCUGGGGCAUACAGGACGCUCACGUGGUGUGCCGUCAACUCGGCUUCGGUCCUGCAUUAUCAGCCACUACUUCAGCAUCAUUUGGACAGGGCUCAGGGAGGAUUUUGUUGGAUAAUGUUGAAUGUGAUGGGGAUGAAGCCAGUAUCGCUGACUGUCCUCAUAAUGGAAUAGGUGUCCAUAAUUGCGGUCAUCAGGAGGAUGCAGGCGUUGUUUGCUCUCGAGCAACGGGUGAGGUCCGUCUCGUUGGAAGCUCUCGACAAAAUGAAGGAAGGGUUGAAAUCCUCGUCAAUGGAAGAUGGGGAACUGUUUGUGAUGACUUAUGGGAUUUAAGAGAUGCCAAUGUUAUCUGCAGACAACUUGGAUACGGAGAUGCUAUCUCAGCUCCACAGUCUGCAUUCUUUGGAGCUGGACGCGGAGACAUUCUUCUCGAUGACGUCAGCUGUACAGGAUCUGAAGGUGAUAUUCUUGACUGCUCUCAUGCAGGGAUAGGAACCAAUAACUGCGGCCAUAAUGAAGAUGCUGGUGUUGUCUGUGGUCUCAAUGUUCGCCUCGUGAACGGAUCACGCUCAAAUGAAGGAAGAGUCGAGAUCCUCUAUGAGGGUUCUUGGGCAACAGUCUGCGACGAUGACUGGGACAUCGCUGAUGCAACGGUAGUCUGCCGACAACUCGGCUUCCCCUCUGCUAACCAUGCAGUGUCGCGAGCAUUUUACGGUCCAGGGUCGGGUGAAAUCGCUCUAGAUAAUGUGGCUUGUACUGGAGAUGAAGCUUCUUUGGUAGAAUGUCAGCACGCUGGACUUGGUACCAAUAAUUGCGGUCACAGUGAAGACGCUGGAGUCAUAUGCUCUGUCAAUGUUCGUCUUAGUGAUGGUAAUACUCCUUCAGAGGGAAGAGUCGAGCUCUAUUAUGACGGCCAGUGGGGAACUGUCUGUGAUGAUGAUUGGACAAUUCAGAAUGGUCAUGUGAUCUGCCGAUCUCUAAGUUUCGGUGACGCCGUCGCCGUGACCGAAAGAGGAAGGUUUGGACAUGGUCAAGGACCGAUUUACCUAGACAACAUUAACUGUACGGGAUCAGAGACAAGUGUAUUGAACUGUUCUCAUGCUGGUCUUGGUACUCAUGAUUGUGAUCAUUCUGAAGAUGCCGGAGUUGUCUGUUCCCAGCCAGAUACAAUCCGUUUGGUCGGUGGUUCCUCUAAAUACGAAGGACGGGUUGAAAUACUGCAGAAUGGUGCUUGGGGUACGGUCUGUGAUGACCAAUGGGACAUGCACGAUGCCGCCGUGGUGUGCCGAGAACUCGGAUAUGCUACAGCUCUGGAGGCUAGGUCACAGGCAAGUUUCGGGCAAGGCACUGGUUUGAUUCUUCUAGAUGAUGUGCGGUGCAGCGGGAGGGAGAUUCGACUUGUUGAUUGCCCGCAUAACGGACUGGGUCAGCAUAACUGUCAACAUCUUGAAGAUGCUGGAGUAGUUUGUCAAGAUGUUGUUGAGCUUCGUCUAGUGAAUGGCCGAACCCCAAACACUGGUAGAGUGGAGCUGAGGUACCAAGGUCAAUGGGGCACUAUUUGUGACGACGGUUGGGAUGUGACUGAUGCUGCUGUAGUGUGCCGUGAACUCGGCUUCCCCAGGGCCAUCUCGGCGAACCAUCAAGCAUCGUUUGGGCAAGGCAUCGGUACUGUCUUCCUAUCAGACAUCUCGUGCGGAGGACAGGAAUCGACCAUUUUCAGUUGCCCCAACUCCGGUGUUGGUCUGAACAGCUGUAGCCAUGGAGAAGAUGCGGGGGUCGUGUGUAUGCCAAAAAUUCGUUUAAGUGGUGGUACCAACUCUAAUGAAGGAAGAGUAGAGGUGUUUAUGAAUGGCCUAUGGGGUACAGUGUGUGAUGAUGCUUGGGAUAUCAACGAUGCUGAAGUAGUCUGCAGACAACUUGGUUUUGAAGGAGCUGUCGGAGAGGCUCUAACAAAGGAUCGUUUUUCAGCAGGCUUUGGUCCUAUUCACAUGUCUAAUGUAAGAUGCUCUGGUGAUGAGCAUGAACUGUCAGAGUGUUAUCAUAGCGUGCUUGGUCAACAUUCCUGUGGUCAUCACAAUGACGCAGGUGUGGUUUGCUCAGUUCCAGUUCGUCUUGUUGACGGUACGAUGCCAAACGAAGGUCGCGUGGAAAUAUUCGCCAAUGGUUUCUGGGGUACAGUCUGUGAUAGAGGAUGGGAUAUCAAAGACGCAACCGUGGUAUGCCGGGAACUCGGCUUUGGGCCUGCGGUUGAGGCCACGGCUGGGGCACGAUUUGGACCAGGAACUGGCGCUAUCACACUCAGCAAUGUUCAGUGUGAUGAAUCUGAGGACAAGCUAAUUGAUUGUGAACAUGAACAAUUUGGAGUACACAACUGUAAUCACGGUCUAGACGCUGGUGUUAUAUGCAGAGGACCUGAGUCCAUUCGCCUUGUCAACAACGAGGAGCUGGACUCUAACAAAGGUCGGCUUGAGAUCUUCCACGCCGGUAGCUGGGGUACCGUCUGUGAUGACGACUUUGACAUGUUUGACGCGAUCGUCGCUUGUCGUCAGUUGGGCUUCCUGAUGGCGCUAUCGGUGGUACCUUCGGCCUAUUACGGGGAUGGUUCGGGUCCUAUUCACCUUGAUAACAUGCGAUGUACUGGAACUGAGGAUAACCUUAUGGAGUGUCCACGGGGCAACUCGCGACCUGGACAUGACUGCAGUCACUCAGAGGAUGUUGGUAUCGUCUGCUAUGCUGGAAGUGCUGUCAGGUUAGAAGACGGUCAGCACCACUACCAAGGUCGUGUAGAGAUCAUGAUUGAUAACGAGUGGGGUACUAUCUGUGAUAAAUCAUUUGAUAUUGACGAUGCUUCAGUGGUAUGCAGGCAAGUCGGUUAUCCCGGUGCAGUUGAAGUUGUUCCAAAGGCUGGAUUUGGGGAAGGAAUGGGUGAGAUCCACGCCAGCUACCUGGAGUGUACCGGUGAUGAGAGCGCCAUCACUGACUGCAGAACAUCUAGUCAGGCAUCUCUUGGUAACUGCUCACACAGCGAUGAUGUAGGUGUGAUCUGCCAAUCACCAGUUCGCUUGUCUGGAGGAAACAAUCAUAAUGAAGGAAGAGUAGAGGUUUUCUUGGCUGGAACUUGGGGUACGAUCUGUGAUGAUGGUUGGGAUAUCAAUGAUGCAUCCGUUAUCUGUCGUCACUUAGGCUACCAAUCUGCAUCAAGGGCGACUACUGAUGCAUUCUUUGGAGGAGGUGAAGGACCUAUCUUCAUGGAUGGGGUGUCAUGUGAUGGUGAUGAAGUGGACCUUACCUUGUGCCAGCAUGCAGGAAUAGGCUUCCAUAAUUGCGGGCAUCAUGAAGACGCCGGAGUCGUCUGCAGCUCUUCAUAUUCAGUGCGGCUGGCUGGCGGACCGAACGCUCGUCAAGGACGCGUAGAAGUCCUCGCCAACAACCAGUGGGGUACUGUAUGCAAGGAAGGAUGGGAUCUUGAGGAUGCCGAUGUUCUCUGUCGCCAGCUGGGCUUCCUGGAUGCGUUGCCGUCCUCCUUGUAUCGGAGCUUUGGUGCCGGAGUUGGUCCUAUCCACUGGCAUCACAUGAGAUGUGUUGGCACGGAGCAAUCGCUUGCUGACUGCCCGGAAGGCAGUGGAAGCUCUCUAAGCUGUUCGCACUUCUCGGACGCCGCUGCCGUCUGUAAUGCCGCAGUGAGUCUCGUUGGGGGCAGAAGCAUUGCGGAAGGGUUCGUACGAAUAUUCCUGAACGGCCGUUGGGGUACGGUCUGCGACGAUAACUGGGACAACACCGACGCCACCGUGGUCUGCCAGCAGCUGGGUUACGACAGCGGCAAGGCCAUCAUCAACAACAAUCCUCUCCUCAGACCAACGUCUAUUAACUACUUCUCUGAUUCUGUACCCAUCUGGUUCAACAAUGUCAAUUGCGCAGGCGGGGAGGGCGCCCUCUACGACUGCACACACUCGGGUCUAGGAAACCAUAAUUGUGGCCAUGGAGAGGACGUCUAUGUACGCUGCGAGUGAAACAAAAAUUGUAAUUACAUCUUGCCAUGUUUGGGAAUCGUUUAUUCCAAGAAAGUAGCAUAGAUUCUAUGGCCCGUAUUCUGAAGUCGGGUUUAACUUAAACUCAGGUUUAAAGUUGUGGUUUAAGUAUGGAUAGCCAAUUGCUACAUAAAUCACUAACAGUAGAGAUAGAAUAUUUCAGCUCAUUUGGCUCUCAAAUCAUUCAUAAUUGUCUCGGAAGUAUACAUAAAUGAUUGUCUUUACCAUCAAUGAAUCAGGAAAGAGCACAGUAAACAUAAGAAACAUACAACUUAAUACAAAUUUUGACACUUUUGGCUUCCCAUAAUUUUAGCAGAGUUAGACCAUGGUCUAAGUUAAACCUGACUUCAGAAUACGGUCCUAUGUCAAAGUCUAUCUUGAAGGAAUAAGAUGUCAUUUCAAAUUGGUUCUUAAGUAUCUAACCAAAGAUGAGUGUUGUAUAUAUGACUAAACUAUGAGGGAAAACAAUCUAUUUUAAUGAGGUUUGAGUGAGAGCAUGUAGAUAUAUAGACUACUUUCAUCAUAUUUUUUAAUGUAGAGAACUAAAAAUAUAUCUCUCUUCCAUUUUAGAAUAUUAUUUUUUCUUUAAAAAUGCAUAGGGGCAUUUGAUCAUCAGCACUUGGAGGAUAAGUCAGGCGCCUUAACAAAAUUUUGGGGGCUGAAUUUACAACAGUGCAAAUUUUUUACAUUUAUCAAGAGCAUCAUCUUUAGAUAGGGUGCCUAGAAAUCAAUGACUGGCACCCUAAAGCUAAUUUAUGCAAAUUUUAUGUAGAUAAUACAAAAUUCAUUAUAUCUCACUGCAGUGAAAUACUGAAAGCCCGAUUUACUGUAUGUGAGUCAUUUUCAGACAAUGAAUCAAAUUUAAAUAUGAUUCCAUAAAUUGUUUGACUAAGAUUCUAUUAAAAAUGCUAAUUCAUGCACUAUUGUGUGAAUUAUAUGCAGAAAAAGCAGAUUCAACCAUACCUCAUGGAAUAGCCAUCAAAAAGGGCUAAUUACUCUGCAUAUAUAUUCUCCACUUUUGAAUAGAGCAUUGGUUUUGAACUGAAUUCCAUGAAAUUUGUGACUGGUAUCUACUUAAUGAUUUAUGCAUAUAUGAUAACUUAUAUUUACAUGUCCGUCUCCCCUUGUCCCCUUUUUGUCUCUCCGUCUGUUUCCCGUUCUGUCUCUGUCCCCCCCCCCCCCGUCAUUCCUCUUUCUGUCCGUCUCUCGUUUUAUUCCCUUUCUUCACCUCUCUACCUGUCUCUCUAUCUUUCAUUCUUUCUGUCUCCCCCUCUCUAUUUGUUUGUAUUUAAAUAUUGUUCAUAAAAAGUACCAGGGAAGAACAUGAAUUUUCUGAC